GUUCUGCCAAGCGCUGAAUGCCAUCUUCCGCCAGCAUGAGCCAUCACUCGUCGGGCCUCCGGUCCAGCAUCAGCUCCACCUCGUACCGCCGGACCUUUGGGCCGCCGCCCUCACUGUCCCCCGGGGCUUUCUCCUACUCGUCCAGCUCUCGCUUCUCCAGCAGCCGCCUGCUGGGCUCGGGAUCCCCGAGCUCCUCGGCGCGGCUGGGCAGCUUCCGUGCCCCUCGAACGGCGGCCCUGCGCUUGCCCUCGGAGCGCCUCGACUUCUCCAUGGCCGAGGCCCUCAACCAGGAGUUCCUGGCCACUCGGAGCAACGAGAAGCAAGAGUUACAGGAGCUCAACGACCGCUUCGCCAACUUCAUCGAGAAGGUGCGCUUCCUGGAGCAGCAGAACGCAGCCCUGCGCGGGGAGCUGAGCCAGGCGCGGGGCCAGGAGCCGGCGCGCGCCGACCAGCUGUGCCAGCAGGAGCUGCGCGAGCUGCGGCGCGAACUCGAGCUGCUGGGCCGGGAGCGCGACCGGGUGCAGGUGGAGCGCGACGGGCUGGCGGAGGACCUGGCGGCGCUCAAGCAGAGGUUAGAAGAAGAAACCCGCAAGCGGGAGGAUGCGGAGCACAACCUGGUGCUCUUCCGUAAGGACGUGGACGACGCCACGCUGUCCCGCUUAGAACUAGAGCGCAAGAUUGAGUCUCUGAUGGAUGAGAUUGAGUUCCUCAAGAAGCUACACGAAGAGGAGCUUCGAGACCUGCAGGUGAGCGUGGAGAGCCAGCAGGUGCAGCAGGUGGAGGUAGAGGCAACGGUGAAGCCAGAGCUGACCGCGGCGCUCAGGGACAUCCGUGCACAGUAUGAGAACAUCGCGGCCAAGAAUCUGCAGGAGGCAGAGGAGUGGUAUAAGUCGAAAGUGCGAGAGCAGGGAGGAUCCUGGGGGACCCGGGGUGGGAAACACUGGGAAUGGCGGCGCGCAUCCCAGCCGGGCUUGUCUGCUACUGCUCAGUACGCUGACCUGUCCGACGCCGCCAACCGCAACCAUGAGGCCCUACGCCAGGCCAAGCAGGAGAUGAACGAGUCCCGACGUCAGAUCCAGAGUCUGACGUGCGAGGUGGAUGGGCUGCGUGGCACGAACGAGGCGCUGCUCAGACAGCUGCGGGAGCUGGAGGAGCAGUUCGCCCUGGAGGCUGGAGGGUACCAAGCAGGCGCAGCACGGCUGGAGGAAGAGCUUCGACAGCUGAAGGAAGAGAUGGCGAGGCACCUGCGAGAGUACCAGGAGCUCCUCAACGUCAAGAUGGCCUUGGACAUCGAGAUAGCCACCUACAGGAAACUACUGGAAGGAGAGGAGAGCCGGAUCUCAGUGCCGGUUCAUUCUUUUGCCUCCCUAAGUUUAAAGACGACUGUGCCGGAGGUGGAGCCUCUCCAGGAUAGCCACAGCAAGAAGAUGGUUGUGAUCAGGACGAUCGAGACUCGGGAUGGAGAGCAUGUGGUGACAGAGUCUCAGAAGGAGCAGCACAGUGAACUGGACAAGUCUUCUAUUCACAGCUACUGAGCCCUCAGCCAGAGCUCUGACCCUGACCUAAGCCUCUCCUCAAGCCUAGCACUAGUCUGUAACCAGUCCUGCUCUGCAUGUGGACAGUCCCUCCCUGCCAAGCGCCAGCCUGAUCCAGAGGCUGUGCCUCUCCCUGAUGUGUAGAUGUGACCCAUAGCUUUCCUGUCCUUGUAAGGGGUGGAUGAAGAUACCCAGGACAGCAAAUCUGCUCAAGAAUGACCCCAUGUUCAGUGGGGUGGGCCAGAGUGUGAGACUUACUCUGAGUCAAAUAAAACCGCUACUGAGAGAAA